GAUUUUGUUCUGCGUCUCGCUUACGCACUGGGCAACGUGGCAGGGUGCUGCGAAAGCGUUGGAGGGAUGAUAUUCUCUUCCAAAGAAGGCGCUAUAAAAAUGUGCAUGUUGUGUGAGGAGUAUGCUGCUAAUUCAGCAAGAGCGAAAUCAAAUCCUAUAAUUUAUGAUGCGCUAAUCAAGUUAACUCGUAUCAUUGUCAAUGCCUGUGUUGGAGCUGCAGGCGGCAUCAUAGCUGCGGAUACGCCCGAAUGCACUUCCGUGUUGCUUCGACUACUGAAAAUAUCAGCAGAUACCCAAUCGACGAACGAUGAGCUUCUAAUUAAUGGUCUAGCUGGACUGAACAACAUUACCUUCUACAUGACUACGACAAAGGAAAGAGAAAUUCUCACCCUCCAGACCGAAGUUGGCCAAGGUAACUCCAACACUAAGUUAUAUCGAAGUGCAAGAAAUACGUGCCUCAUUUUUGGUGAAGUGUAUGGGUUCGGUGGUACGGUCGUGAAUGCGUGUAAUGGCUUUAGGUGGAGCAUUUGGGAAGGGCCUGGGGAUCUGGUUUGGAUCCUCCUCUAA